UGAAACAGUGUACUAAUUCGUCAAAACAACGUAGCUAUAUGGGCUGUGUAUACGAGCAUAUGCAGUUAUGUUUACGAGAAAAUGAAACUGAAAGAAUAUAGGUCGUGUGUCAUUUAUGAAUAUGGCUUCGAACUAUCAAGAGGAUUCGGAUGAAGGAAGCUACCAGCAAUCUAGUGAAAGUCUCCCAGAGUUCGGUGACAGUGACACAGAUUCUGAGGCAGCCAGCGAUUCUGGAUCUGACUCUGAAGAAGAUGCACAAACAUCUAGCAAGCGGAAUGUCUGUAUGCACUACAAUCGUGGUCACUGCCGUUUUGGGGACAAGUGUAGGAAUGAGCACAUAUGCAAGGACUUCCUGAAGGGUUCGUGCAAGUUUGGUGCUGGAUGUCGUCUCAACCACAACAGUCAGAGUUCAUCGUCAGGACAGGGCAGACGAAGAAGCAGACCCUCAUCUGCAGAGACUGAUGAAGAAUUUGUCGGACCCUACAGAUGGCAGCUGAAUUUUAGAAGGGGCUGGGAGAACAUUUCCAAUGAUCACAUUCUAGAAGCCCAGUAUUCACUCCCCAACACUAAAGGAAUCAAGAUCUAUAACACCCAAGCUGGGGUUAUUUCUAUUGAUUUCACUAAAAUGAGAGUUCUUCAGAAAACAAAUAUUAAAGUGCGGCGUAUGAGCGCAAAAGAUACAGAAUGGCUGUGGUAUUACAGAGGUGACCACUGCUGGUAUCAGUAUGGAGAGAAGACUGAUGAAGAAUUUGUCGGACCCUACAGAUGGCAGCUGAAUUUUAGAAGGGGCUGGGAGAACAUUUCCAAUGAUCACAUUCUAGAAGCCCAGUAUUCACUCCCCAACACUAAAGGAAUCAAGAUCUAUAACACCCAAGCUGGGGCUAUAUCAAUUGAUUUCACUAAAAUUAGAGUUCUUCGGAAAACAAAUAUUAAAGUGCGGCGUAUGAGCUCAAAGGAUACAGAAUGGCUGUGGUAUUACAGAGGUGACCACGGCUGGUGUCAGUAUGGAGACAAGAGAAAUUUAUCUACAGGCCGUAAGAGGCAUGUUAGACGCCGCCCUAAAUAUGAACCAUCUGAAAGUGAAGGAUUACUUGGAAUAACCUCCCAAUUAAAAACCAUUUUGAGCCCUUCAACAAGUACAACUCCAAAGUGGCAGUUUAAAGGGAGCAAUCAGUGGUACACCUUCAAGAACACGGAAGGUUGUUCAGUCUCAAGUGCUGACAUUGAGAAGUGUUACCAACAAAACCCAACAACCAUGAAUUUCACUGUGAAUGGUGACAGUUACGCUCUGGAUUUUGCAAAGAUGAGUCAAGUUAACCAGAGAACAAAGGCCGAACGCAAGGUCAGGCGUGUGUAAAAGUAAUAAGGAUGGCUCAAGGUCUUGCAGAAGAUGUUGGGUGGUACUCGAGAUCCAAACAAGCAAAUAAGAGUCGAAUUUGGGAUUGAAGUAAACAAAACGUUAUUUAGUGAUUUUGAUUGAUAUGAAUGUUAGUGAUUAUGAUUUUGAAUGUUUAAUCAUCUGGAAUGACUGUAUUAUUUGGU